AUGUCUUCCUCGACUGCUUCCAAAGUUGCAGCGCAUUUCUUACAGUUCAGAAUACAAUAUUCGAGCAUAGCUCUGCUUUGUUACGAUUACACAUUGACCUUCCAAUCUGAAGUAAAGUAUAUGUGGGGGCGAAAGUUUCGCUUCUCGACUUUGCUGUAUGUGUUCUGCCGAUACGCCCUGGUUGCGAAUGUCCUCUACGUAUUUGCAGUCACUGGAAAGUUUCCUUCCAGGACAAGGCUUAUCAAUGGCUUACUUCUGAGAAUUAUUUCGAACAGCUGCGACUCGAUUUACCAGUUCAUUGGGGCUCUUAGCGUCUUCGGGAGACUCGCGGUCGUUGCAGCGUUGACAGCCCGAACAUACGCCGUGUUUGGAUGCAAUCGCAUUAUUCUCCUCCUACUCGGUCCUAUGGCAUUAGCAUGUAUGGCUCUCGAUAUUACUCAUGUUCCAGGACUUAGAUGUUCUGGAUCUUCUGAUAACUUCUCAGGUGGGGACAGAUACUUUUUUUGUGCAGGUCUCAAGUCUGUAUUCCUUAUAUCAUUUUGUCUAGUUUCACUCGCAUUGGCCAUAUUGAUGCGCGUGUUCGAGUUCAUAGCAGCUGUCUUAACAAUGGUCCGGAGUCUUCUGGAUUUCCGAAUAGGAAGAUCGUGGAAGAUCGAACCAGGAAGUUUGAUUAUUGUCUGUUUCCGGCAAGGGAUGAUUUAUAUCAUCUUCACAACUGUCCUUUCCAUCAUUGCUGCCAUUUUGCAAUAUCGUGCUCCUACGGGUUCCAUCUUUCAGAGGCUCUUCAAUGCUCUUAGCUUACCCUUUUCAUGUCUUCUGACAGCUCGCUUCCUUCUCCAACUUCGUGAAUGGCAAGAGAGAGGCUCUUUUCAGUCUACGAAUUGCAAUGAUGGGAUUGCAAUGGACGGGGCGCAAACACAGCAUGCGCAAACUCUAUCAGCAUUCAGAGCGGUUGUAGUCUUUGAUGCUGCAGUGAUAGACGACUUUGGUGAUGGGGAAUCUAUGACAAUGUCACAUAGUACUGGUGGAUGGGAAUCUGACGGUCUCUGCACGUAUAGGGGAGAUGGAGUGAUAGAAAUGGAAGAACGAUAA